AUGGGAAUCCAAAUCCCUCUCUAUAAGAAGGAAACCCUAAUUCCUAACAGCAGGAUCGAAAGAGAUUCUCACGAAAUCCCCAACGACUACCAGCUGAUUCCAUUUUACGCCGUCAUCAUGAUACCCAACUUCGUCGGUACAAUCUCGAAAGCAAUCCGCCGCAAUGAGAAUUCAUUUGCGAUUAUCUUUGUAUUUAUUUAUGUGGGAUUCGUUUUGUCGAGAUUUUUCUUGUCUAAAUAUGUUUCAUUGCCUAAAAACGAGAAAUUGAUGCAGCAAUUGUGGCUGAAGUUGGAUAUCUGGUUUCUGUACACGGUGAUUACGUUCGGAUUUGUUUAUCAGUUUGCGGAUUUCUCACCACUGCAAACGACGGUGGCUAUGUACAUGGUUGUGUCGGUGUGUAGUUUAAUUCUGUUGUUUGUGUUUGUAAUCGUUGAUGUUAUUGAGUUUUGGAAGAUUUGGAGAUAUGGAGAGGAUCAUGAAACUCAGUUGUCUGAGAAUCCGAUGACAGAUGCCGGAGAAUUGAAUUCUUAUUCUGUCUCGAUCUGGGAGAAAGUGUGA